AUGCCCGGAUUGGAUACUUAUCGAAUGUACCACGGGGCUGAGAAUAAUGAGAAAAAUAUCGAUGGUAAUUUCUUGUCAUCUACGGAAAGAAAUGAGAACAGUAAUUCUAUGGAACGCCAGUUGACUGUGUCAGAUAUCAAUCGGCUAAUCGAUCGGAAAAUUGAACAAAUUUUUCACCCCGAUUCAUCGUUGGUUAAAAAUAUCGCAAAAAAGGUGGAUGAAAUACUGAAAUCAUUGUUAUUCAAAAAAGAUUUUGACGAAAAUAAAAGGGUCGAUUUUUCUCUUGACUCACCGCAGGAUGAAAUUACAAGCAAGCGCAUUGGCUUAGAUCAGCUGAUAGAACAAAAAAUUUUGAGUUUUAUGAAACUGGAUUCAAAGAGGAUUUUGGAUCAAACAACAGCAACAACUACUUCAUCCGUGAUGAAAUCGGGAAAUUGCAAAACCAUUCGAGAAGUAUUUCGACCUGAAGGCCGAUCAUUACUUGUUAGGGCAAUGAAAGAUGCUGCUGAAGACUGGAAUAUAGCGUUAAGUUCGAGUUUUACAAUACUAGCAGAUCGGAUUCAAGCUCUUAUCAAUGAAAGCAAUGAUUUUCGAAGACAUUUGUAUGAUGCGAAAUAUUUGCUAGAAGGUUUUAUGGGCAAGAAUUCUAUACGAAAUGAAAAAGUUCGGCCAAUUAAUAUUAAAGAUUGGGGUACCAUUUCAGAUUUAUUACGAUGUGCAAAUAAUAAGGAAUACCAAUUUAUCGAAUUAGUUGAAGACUGA